AUGGCGACCGUAGACCGGACGUUCCCGGCGGGCAGCUGCGCGACCGUCCCGCCGCUGUGCGCAGCGGCGGCCCGCGGCCACACCGAGGCUAUCCGCGUGCUGCUGGAGGCGGGGGCGUCACCAGAGGGGGCGACGCCGAACGGGGCGAGGGCGCUGCACCUCGCCGCGCGCAAGGGCCUGACGGAGGCGGUGCGGCUGCUGGUCCAGGCGGGGGCGGACGUGGCGGCCGUCGACGGCAGCGGCAACCAGGCCCUGUACCAUGCCCUGAGCUGCAACAACCACGAGACGGUGCGGGUGCUGGUCGAGGCCGGGGCGCCGACGGAGGCCGCGACGCCGGAGGGUUACCCGAAGGUUCCGGCGCUGCACGUGUGCGCGGAGCGCGGGCUGGUGGCGUGCGCGGGCGUGUUGCUGGCGUGCGGGGCGCACGUGGACGUGGACGACGGGAGAGGCAUGUCGCCGCUGUACGUGGCGGCGAGCCAGGGGUACUGCAACCUCGUCAAGCUGCUGGCGCAGCGCGGCGCGAACGUGAACUGGAACUACUUCUCCGCUACCUCCGUUCUCACGCCCCUGACGGUCGCGAUCAGCAACAUCCCGUCCAGAAGCCCCCCCCCGCGGUUCGAGCGCACAAUCCGGGCGCUGAUCGACCUCGGAGCCAGCGACCCCGGUGACGGCCUCCUGCAGUGCCUGAACCAGUGCCGCGACUUGUCCGCUAUCGUCGAGCUGCUCCUCGAGCGUGCGGCUGCGCGGCUCCCCGGCUCGCCGUACGUGCGCGACAUCUUGUCGGCGGUGCCGAGGGCCAUCAAGAGGAGCGUGAACGUCCCGCGCAGCGACCCGGGGAUCUUCCGAAAGCUGCUCGAUUUCCACCUGAACGUCGGGCCGGCGCUGGUGGUGCUGGGCCCCGAGGACGCCCCCCGCGUGGACCCUAUGGUGUGCGUCGGAGAGGCGUUCGACGCCGCGUUCACGGCCAACGGCAAGAUGGAGUUCGUGAGCGUGAUCUUCGAGGUGAUCGAGGCCGCGGGGAGGAAGCUUCCGCCGGACCUGGCGCACGCGUCGCUGCGCCACGCGUGCUGGGCCUGCGACCCCAACAAGAUCGAAGUGCUGCUGAGCCGCGGGCUGGGACACGGCAAGGACGGGACGCUGUCCCACGGGCUGAUCGCGAUCUGCACCAACCGCGGGUGCGAGGCGACGCGCCGCAUCCGUGCUCUGCGGGCGCUGCUGGCCCGCGGCCCCGUCGACGUGAACUAUCGCCGGGUCAAGUCCCGGGGCAUGGGCAUGUCCGCGCUCGAGCACUGCGUGCUGGUCAGCAGCGCUGUCGACGUGGGGGCCUUCGUCCGGCUCCUGCUGGACCUCGGGGCCCGGCCCGUGAUCGGCGAGGGCACGCGCAAGCAGUGCGCGGGGUCGUGCAAGCGUGUCAAGAUGGCCGCCAACGGCAAGAGGGUGCCGAAGUGGCAGCUGGACGAGGCGGCUCGUCGGGUGGCCGUCCUCGACAUGGUGGAUGCGCGGCGCGCGACGGUGGAGGCGGAGCAGCUGGCGGCGCUGGCGGCGGCGCGGAGGGUGCACGUGGGGCUGUACGACGCGCUGCGGACGUGGAUGCGGGAGCACGAUGCCUACCGGUGGCAGGGACGAUCUGCCGACGCGCAGGCGGGCGGGAGCUGA